AUGACGAAAAAAACGGAUUCGGUCCGGAUUGGCGACUCCAAUGGAACUGGUGAGAUUUUCCAGCUUUAAUUAGUUUUUUUGAGGCUUUCUGGAAAAAUUCGGUCGCUUUUUUUAAAAGUGGUCAUUUUUUUGAAUAUUUUGAAAUUUUUCUAAGUUUUUGAAUUGUUUUAGUGUCCAAAAUGUGUAGGAUUCUCGAUUUCGGUAAGUUUUUAAGUCUAGAAAAAAACCAAAUAUUAGCGGCUUAAAAUAGGAAAUUUUUGUAAUUUUUUUCGAAAUUUAGGUGAAUUUAUUCAAUUUCACCUGAAAUCGAAUUAUUACAAGUGCGAAAUAGUCUUUAUUAAGAUUUAAUAGCAUUCUUUUUUUGGCGAAAAAAAGACAAUUCCAAAAAAAUUUUUUUUUGAAAAUUUUUUUGAUUUUUUUGAAAAAAAUUUGAGAUUUUUUUGAAAAACUGACAUCAAAAUUGGUUAUAUUAAAAAAAGAAAUAGGUACUUUAAAUCCGUUAACACCUCUAUAAGCCCAGCAAAUUAAAAAAAAAUUCGAAAACUUGAAAAAAUAAGCUUCACAAAAAAGCGAUCGAAUUUUUUUCAGCGUACCAGUGUUUGUUAUCAAAACUAGAGCAUAUCACAAUAUAAAUGUUUCGCUUGAAACGGAAACCUCGUCAGUUUAAAAAAAUGUGUUUCUGAAGUGAAGUUUGUGUUUUUCUGGGAGAGUUCAGUGGCCGCUAUAGUGGUUUGUCAAGGACUACUUGAACAGGACACUAAAGGGGCCACUGCUUUCCGUUUUAGUGACCACUUGAGUAGUUUUUCAUCCAGUAUUCCUUCCAGUAACUCUGAUAAUUUUAAAACAAACAGAUCGGACCAGUUUUGUUGAUCCAUUGACCCCUAAAGUGGCCACUUAAAUUUUUAGUGGUCUAGUAGUAGCACUUAGACCUCUAUAGUGGCCACUAAAUUUUAACCCCUCAAGUGACCACUAAUUUGACUUCUAUAAUGGCCACUAAAACGUCAAAACCCUAUAGUGGCCACUAGAAAUUUUCCCAGUUUGCCCUAAUUUCCAGACAAAGACAGAAUGGGUGUCGUUUAUUUGGAGAAAAGUUUCAAGCACAAGAGAAAUCCGCGACGGCAGAAGAAACUCAACGAAAACCGGACCAAGCUCACCGAGGAGGACAAGAAAAAUAUGAAGUUUGUGGUCUUUUUUUAUUUCAUUCUUUCUUUAAUUAUUUAAAUCUUGUAGAAAAAAUAUUUUGAUUUCAUUUUGAAUAAAAUUAGUCGAAAAAAACACAGAAAAAUUUUUUUUUUUGUCAGUAAUCUCUUAAAUUUAUAUAGUUCAUUGUUUUCUGCUCUUUAAAAACUGUACGUAUUUUACAAAUCUAUUGGAAAUUUUGAAAAUAAAAAGUAAACUAUCUAAAUAAAAAAAGCUCGCCUGAAGAAAAAAAGUACUUUAGAUUUAAUUUCAAAGCAUUUUUUUCAGGUCCUGAAAUUAUAAAUUCCGGCUUGAAAUUUUUUUCUCAGCUUAUUUUUUUGAGAAAUCCAAGUAAAAAAAUAUUUAAAAAAACCUUCUCUGAAGUAAAAAAAGUUCAUAUAAUUCCAAAUUCUAGGAUUUUUUUCUCACAAAAAUAUUGUAAAUUUCAGCGGAAAAAUACUUUUAUUUUUUUGAAAAUCUUAUUUUUUUCCCUCAGCUUUUUUUUCUUUUGUCAAGAAAUCGAAGAAAUAUGAAAAUAUAAAAAAAUCUUUUUUUCGACUGAUAAAAACAAAAAAAAAUCAAGUUUAAUGAACUUCUUUUAAUUUUUUUCAUAAAUAUAGAUUUCGUGUUAGACGUUUUUUUUUUAUAUUUUUGAAGGUCUUAUACAAUUUUUCUUAGAAUUUUGAUUUUUUUUAAAGAUUCGCCGACUUUGUCGGGCUGAACACGACUUGGCAAAAGUACUAUCGACAGCAGCUCGGCAACAAUUUCAACGCCAAAAAACACGACAAACGGAUUCUGAAGGCCGAUUAUCACGGCGCCGUUCUGACCGUCUGGGGAGCCGAAAAUCCGACGCAAGUAGGGAGAAAAACGGGCGAUCUUAGGGCGAAAAUCGGGAGAUUCCAGAUCGGAAUCAGUGGAAUCGUGGUUCUGGAGACGAGAUACACGUUUCAGCUGGUCACUAUUCAGGAUCGAUUUGUUGGUGAGGAAUUCUUUUCACGCCAGAGUAGUCCCUAGAGGGUUUAAGGGAAAAUCAGCCACUAUAGGGCUGAAGUUUAAGAGUUCCCUAUAGGGAUAGUUCAGUCUUUAUUAUGCAAGAGGAAUUCUAGAGUGCUCCCCCUAAAGUGCCCCCUUGUAAAUCUACAGGGAAACGUGAAUUAACUUCUUAGGAGCGCCAGAGUGAUCCCUAGAGGGGUUAAAUUUAGGUGGUCCAUAUAGGGAUAUUUCAGUCUUUGUUAUGAAAGAGGAAUUCUAGCGUGCUCACCCUAAAGUGGCCUCUUGCAAAGUUGCAGGGGCAGUUUAGGUACCUUUUAGGGAAAGCCACAGUGAUCACUAGAGGGGUUAUGGGGAGAACAACCACUAUAGGGCUAAAGUUUAAGAGGUCCCUAUAGUGAUAUUUCAGUCUUUGUUAUGAAAGAGGAAUUCUAGCCUUCUCCCCCUAAAGUGGCCCCUUUUAAAGCUACAGGGGAAGGUUAAAUCCUUUUUAGGAGCCCCAGAGUGAUCCCUAGAGGGAUUAGGGAGAAAAACAGCCCAUAUAGGGCUAAAGUUUAAGUGGUCCCUAUAGGGAUAUUUCAGUCUUUGUUAUGAUUUGAGGAAGUCUAGCGUGCUCCCCCUAAAGUGGCCCCUUGUAAAGCUACAGGGAAAUGUUGAUUACCUUCUCAGAAAGGCCAGAGUAGUCCCUAGAGGGGUUAGGCAAGAAAGCCCGUAUAGGGGACAAAGAAGUGCUCCCUAGAGGGGUUAAAUUUAGGUGGUCCCUAUAGUGAUUUUUCAGGUUUUUUUAUGUUUUGAUGCAUGAGGAAUUCUGACGUGCUCCCCCUAAAGUGACCCCUCGGACAGGGGAAGGUUGAUUACCCUCUCAGAAAGCCCAGAGUAGUCCCUAGAGGGGAUUAGGAUGUCCCUCCCGAAGGGGCUUAAGUUCAAAUGGUCCCUUUAGGGAUUUGGGGUCGGAGAGCUAAGCCCCUAAAGCUCAAGUAGUCCCUACAGUGGUCUUUCAAUUUUUUUUCAUGGUGUGCAAGUUCAAAAAACGUUAGGGACACUAGCCUAUUACCCUAAAUGGACCACUAUUUAAUUCCCCUAGAAUGACCUCUUUUUCAAGCUUUAGUACUCCAGAAGGGGAAGGUUAAUUACCUUCUUAGGAGUGCUCCCUAGAGGGGUUACGGGAAAAUCACCCACUAUAGGGGAAAGGAUAGUUCUCCCUAAGGGGCUUAAGUUCAAGUGGUUCCUUUAGGGAUUUGGGGUCGGAGACCUAAGCAUCUAAAGCUCAAGUGGUCCCUACAGGGAAGUUUUAUUUAUUUAUUUUUUUUUUUGAGUGCUAUUUUGAUUUUUUUUUUCAUAGUUGGAAAGUUACAUACACGUUAAGGACACUAUCAUGUUACCCUAGAGUGACCACUUUUUGCAAGCUUUAAAGCCCUCUAUAGGGGGAGGUAAAGUUGUCCCUAGGGCAACCUUUCAGAGCCUCUCUAGGGACCACUCUGGCGUUCCUAAGUAGUCCAUUUGAAGCUUUGAUGUCCGAAUUAAUAAAAAUCUGGUUGUCAAAAAAAAAAAAAAAUGACCUUGCAACGACCUGUUUUUUCAAUUCCAAUUCAUUUUUGAUGAAGAUUGGAAGGUUUUGAUUCGAUUCCCACAUAUUUCGGAAGUCCGCCAAGUUCUGAAAAAGAGAUUUUUCGGAUUUUUUAGACUUUUUGGACGGAAAAAUGAAAUUUUCGUACCUUCAGUGAUCCCCAAAAAAGGGACGACGUUCCGUUUCAUCCUCGGCGACCGACUUUUCACGCUGUUCGCCGACGGAAUGCGGCAACGACCGGCGCUUCGCGGCAAAAAGCCCCGCAUCAAACGCGUCCUGCCGAUGUUCAUCCGCGGCACAUUGAUCCCACCAGAAAAGUGUGCGCCGCUUGCAGAAACGGCCCCUCAAGCAAUUUCCGAGGUCUAG